CUUGAAACCCUCUCUCUGAUCAAAAUGAGUUCCACGAUGCGUGCCAUUGCCGUCAAGGGCGGCAAAGGCCCCGCGACCUCCCUCUUCGUCGACCAGAUCGCCAAGCCCAGCGCCGCUGCCGGCCAAGCCAUUGUUAAGAUCCACGCGUUCGGUCUGAACCGCAUGGACUUGCUGCAGCGUGAGGGCCGGUACCCGGUUCCGCCGCAGGCUCCCGAGACCAUCGGAGUCGAGUUCUCCGGCGUGGUGGAGAGCCUGGGCGCCGAGACGACUGACGAUUUCAAGGUCGGAGACGAGGUGUUUGGCCUUGCUUAUGGCGGUGCUUACGCGGAGUACAUUGCCGUUUCGACCAAGAUGCUUAUCCACAAGCCCAAGCACCUCUCGUGGGAAGAGGCUGCCGGCGCGCCGGAGACCUGGAUCACCGCUUCGCAGGCUCUCUUCCUGAUCGGCGACUUCCAGGCCGGACAGUCCGUCCUGUUCCACGCAGGCGCCUCAUCCGUCUCUAUCUCGGGUAUUCAGCUCGCCAAAGCAGAGGGUGCCAAGGCCAUCUACGCAACGGCGGGAUCGCAGGAGAAGAUCGAUUUCCUCGUGAAGGAGCUUGGCGUGACGGCCGCCUUCAACUACAAGACUCAGGACUGGGCCGCCGAGAUCCAGAAGGCCACCGGCGGUGCCGGCGUGAAUCUGACCGUUGACUUUAUCGGCGCUCCUUACUUCCAAGGUAACCUGAACGUGGCCGCCAAAGACGGGCGUGUGGUGCUGUUGGGUUUGAUGGGUGGUGUGCAGCUGCCCGAGGGAGUGAACAUCGCACCUCUGUUGAUGAAGCGGAUUCGGGUGGAAGGCAGUACACUACGCAGUCGGGACGAAGAAUACCAGCGUAAACUGAGAGAUACGCUCGUUUCGCAUGCGCUGCCGAAGUUCUGCGACGGGACUUUCAAAAUAUUCGUGGAGAAGGUAUUCCCCUUUGAGCAGAUCGUGGAGGCGCACCAGUUACUGGAGAGCAACACGACCAAGGGGAAGAUCAUCUGCACGGUCUAA